AUGUCCCACCGCGUCGAAAACCCCCUAGUCGCCAUAGCUGAGAGUCAGACGAAAGAUGACGCCCAAAUCUCUGAUCAACGUCUGCUCGACCUUGGGUACAGGCCUGAGUUUCGACGAGAAAUGUCGCUCUUCGGAGUGUUGGGAAUGUCAUUUUGUAAUGUCGGUAUUCUAACGGGUAUGAGCAGCGCCUUCCAAACAAGAUUGUUCUCUGGUGGACCACUUGGCCUAUUCUGGGGAUGGAAUAUAUGUUGCCUCUUCAUGUUUCUGGUCGCACUCAGCUUUGCCGAGAUUUGCAGCUCGUAUCCGACUAUGGGCGGACUCUACUUUUGGGUUCACAAGAUGAAACCAGACUCUCCUAUGCUCGGCUUUUGUACCGGGUGGAUCUAUUCCAUUGCGAUGGUCUUCACAGGAACCUCUGGAAGUCUGAGCGUUGCGUUGUGUAUUGCAUCGAUGGCGGAAGUUGGCUCCGGAAGGACUUUGACGAGGGUGGAAAUCGCAGCAAUAGCCUGGGGAAUCAACAUCUUGUCAGGCAUCAUAAAUACCGUAGGAACGAAAGCGGUUGGUCGCAUGAGUUCGUUCAACAUCUGGUGGACGUUAGGAGGCACUUUUGUCCUGGUUGUCACACUGUUAGUCAAAUCGCCGGUCAAGGUAAUUUUCACUGGUUGGGAGUCUCGCGGCUUCGUCGUGCUUCUCGGAUUUCUUCAGGCGGUCUACACCCUUGAGGGGUGUGAAACUGCUGCCCAGGUAGCAGAGGAAGCGAAACGCGCCGAGCUCCUUGCGCCGCUGGCAGUUGUCGGGAGUAUUGUCGGGUCCUGGUUGGUGGGCCUUGCUUACAUGCUAGCGAAUGUACAAGCAACUACUUGUGCAAUCCCCAUUGUGCAGCUCUUUUAUGAUGCCGUGGGUACGAAACUCACAGUCAUGUGCCUGGUUGUGGUUGGGUUAGCUCAACUCAUGGCCUCGGGUGUUUGGGUGUCUGUUCUUGUUGGUUGCAUCAUUUCUUGCGCCUACAUUGGUUCUGCAGUUGCUUUCAAUGCCAUCCUAUCCUCCGCUGCCGCAGCCGUGAUGCCCAGCUACUUGCAACCCAUUACCAUCCGAGUAUUUUGGCCAGACUCACUUACCGAACCCGGGCCAUUUAGAUUAGGCAAGUGGUCGUGGGUCAUUAACCUUUUUAGCUUUUUGGUAGGGUCUCGAUGCUGCGUGUCCUUCGUACUACACUCACAUUUUAUUGUCAUUGUUACUGUUAAUUGGGUGUCCUGGGGGCGUCGUAGUUUUUCGGGACCAGUACGAACGUAUAUGUUAGAGAGGCUAUAA